UCUCGACAAAUUCCUCAUCGAUUCGAUCGCGGUCAUUCAGCAUUGUCAAAGCCGCGAGUUAUUCUAUCGGUGAAACGCUCCAUUAGCCCACGAUAAACGCUAUCACGCGUCCCAUUUUACGCCGUCCCAUACGAUCUGACAGCGCCAAGUAUCGCUGGCCUACGUCACUGCGUGCGUAGUCACGUGACUGGUCGAGUCACUCUUUGGCCCUCAAGAAUCGUGAACGAUUCAGUUUAUCGUGACCCGCGAUGCGCUCGGCACCGUGCGUCUACAUCUCCUAUACCGUUUCCCCUCCGACUCCGGCGAGCCUUAACCUCUUCCAACCUCUUUUUUCACGGUUAAUCCGAUGAUAUUUCGACCUUGAUACAUCGAUCGAUUCACCGUGAACGUUUUAUCGCGGAUCGGCUAUCGCCGACUUAUUAAGCGGCCGUCUCGAAGUGUGCCAUUUUAACGAGGACAGCCUGUCGUCGCACGCCUGUCGUCUAGCGCGAGUUUUACUUUUGACACGUUUCCCUCCGUGGAUCUUAAUCCAGUAGUGGUGUUAAUACAAUUAAAAUUAUCGAUUAUUUCGAAAAGAUUACGUGAUUUUUGCUUUUUUUUUCUUUCUAUUGUUUUAUGAAAAGGAUGAAGAGGAGAGGUGAAAACACGAUGUGAAAUGGCGUAUACGCACGAUUGAUAGUUCCAUUAGGAGACCUGUAUUACAGUUUUUUAAACGGUAUCCAGAACCCGGGCAUUAAAAAGUGAAAGGGGCACUCGUGGAGAAAUUUUAUUUCUCUGUGAUUUUUUUUUUUAUUCUUCGAGUGAUUUUUUUUUUUUUUUUUUUAUUAUUCCGUGCACGAAGUAAUACGUGAUAACGUAUCGACGUUAGAGGAAUUGUACACGUUGGUCGAUUUUAUCGAGUGGUGUUUGGAAAGUCGAAGGAGAGUCUGAAGUUGAAGGUAAUAUACUGUAGUGGUGUGAGUGAUGAACGAGACGAGGGACAAAGGUGUGCUCGAAGGUGCGGUGUGAAAUGGAUACUGGAGAUAGUGGUUGAACGACAAAAGGGAAAAGUUUCGAUCUACGAAAAUGUUGAAGCACAUGAAUCGGACCGGACGACCUCGGGUCAUCGUGAGGAAGAGGAAAGGUCGUUCGUUGUCCAGAAGUUGGCCUGGAACACCGAGGCCCUUAUCGAUCGUCUCGAACGAGAUCGACUACCCGGAACUGCACGGAGGAAGGAUGCAUCGACCACCGCACCCUCAUCCCAUAACUGACCAUCGACAGGUCAAUUUGGUCUUCGAUGACACGUUUUCUCAAGGCCUGACAGGCAGGCCAGAGUUAUACCAAAAGUCCAACAGAAGCAGCCAUUCGAGUGACACAAGUUCAGCAUAUAGUGGUUCAGACACUAUGACAUCUGUACAAGGAUCAUUAGAUGCAGAUCCAGAUGCAGAUGAUGUUGAUCUAUCAGGACUUGUUGAAUCUAUAGUGGAUAGUGAUGAAGAAGAAGAUCUUGCAGAAAGCAUGGAUAGCUUGACUGUCCGUGAUCCUGUCAGAGAAUGUUUAGAAAAAGAUCCUAUGGAAAGGACAGAAGAUGAUAUAGAAACACUCUUAGAAUUCACACAACAAUUAAAGGCCUUUACAAAUAUGACUUUGGCAGUAAGAAGAGCGCUGUGCGCUGUGAUGGUGUUUGCUGUAGUUGAACGUGCUGGUAUGAUAGUUUUAAAUGAUGGAGAAGAAUUAGAUAGUUGGAGUGUGCUUAUAAAUGGUGCUGUGGAAAUUGAGCAUAGCAAUGGAGAAAUUGAACAACUGCAUCUUGGUGACAGUUUUGGAAUUUUACCCACUAUGGAAAGACUUUUGCAUAGAGGUGUUAUGAGAACAAAAUGUGAUGACUGUCAGUUCGUAUGUGUUACUCAGGCAGAUUAUUUCAGAAUUCAACAUCAAGGAGAAGAAAAUACAAGGCGGCAUGAAGAAAAUGGGAGAGUAAUUCUAGUAACAGAGUUAAGAGGUGCUUUAGAUGGCGGAGCACGCAGGGGUCAUGUAGUUAUUCGCGGAACUCCUGAACGUUUAAUGUUACAACUUAUCGAAGAAAACAGUAUUACCGAUCCUACUUAUAUAGAAGAUUUCUUAUUAACCCAUCGAACAUUUAUUGAUAGUCCCUUGUUAGUUGCAAGUCAAUUGUUAGAAUGGUUUGAUCAAGCACAAGUCAGAGAUAGAGUUGCCCGUGUAGUACUUCUUUGGGUAAAUAAUCAUUUCACUGAUUUUGAAACUGAUCCAGCUAUGAUGGAAUUUCUGGAAGCAUUUGAAGCUGGAUUAGAAAGAGAAAAAAUGCAAGGACAACAAAGAUUAUUAAAUAUUGCGUGUGCAGCAAAAGCGAGAACGCGGAAUGUAACAUUAGCAAGACCAACUAGGGAUGAAGUCUUACAUUUUAGUAUUUUGGGGGGGUAUGAAAGGGGUUUCGGUAUUUUUAUUUCAAAAGUGGAUAAAAAAUCAAAGGCUGAAGAUGUUGGUUUGAAACGUGGUGAUCAAAUUUUAGAAGUAAAUGGACAAAGUUUUGAACACGUGAAUCAUGCCAGAGCUCUUGAAAUUUUAAGGGGAUCUACUCAUCUCAGUAUAACUGUUAAAUCAAAUUUACUUGCGUUUAAAGAAAUGCUUCAGAUGCCAGAUGAUUCGCCAAGACCGCGGGGAAGAGCAAACAAAUCCGAAAUUUCAAGAUUACAAUCAGAUCCACGUGCGAGGUUGUCUACGCAUGUGGAUACAGUAACUCCAGUAAAUCCAUUGAAUCCUUUGGUGGGUGGUGUACCAUUAUUAAUUCCUGAUUCUAACGUUUCUCCUUGUAAAGACGCUAAAAAGGAACAUAAAGGAUUCAUGACGCUUGGACCCAAAAAGAAAUUACAAAAAGCUCUCAUAAAAAUGAAUAUACUGCCAAAGAAUACUAUUAAUGAUGGUGUACAUGUAGAUGAUCCUCUUGCACCUCCUCAUACACCACCAGGAACAGGAGGACUUGCACAAACUACUAAUCUUUAUCACUCAAAAAGUAAUCCUGAUCUUACGUCAUUGUAUUGCUAUGAUGACUUAAGGGCACCUGACUAUCCAGAACAUGUUCUAAAAGUUUAUAAAGCUGAUCAAACUUGUAAAUAUCUUCUUAUUCACAAAGAAACAACGGCACACGAGGUGGUGAUGCUUGCUCUUCAAGAAUUUGGUAUAACUGAAGGUAGUUCGAAUUUUUCUUUAGCUGAAGUUAGUGUUGGAGAAGGAGGUAUGAUUAAACAACGCAGGUUACCUGACCAAUUGCAAAAUCUUGCGGAACGAAUUGGUUUAAGUUCUCGAUAUUAUUUAAAAACUAAUGGUAUUUCGGAGACUUUUGUAGCAGACGAACAAGCGCCAGAACUCAUACGCGAAUCUCAGGUUCAUUUCUUACAAUUAAAUGCAGUUGAAGUUGCAAUUCAGCUGACUCUACAAGAUUUCAGUAUAUUCAGGCAAAUUGAAUCUACGGAAUAUGUGGAUGAUUUGUUCGAAUUAAAGAGUAGAUAUGGAGUGCCAAUGCUCAGGCAAUUUGCAGAACUAGUCAACAGAGAAAUGUUUUGGGUUGUGACAGAAGUUUGUUCUGAACACAAUCUCGUUCGACGUAGUAAAAUAAUAAAACAAUUUAUAAAAAUAGCAAGGCAGUGUAAAGAAUGUAAAAAUUUCAAUUCUAUGUUUGCAAUUGUAUCUGGUUUGGGUCAUGGAGCUGUAUCCAGAUUAAGAGCUUCUUGGGAAAAACUGCCAAGUAAAUAUCAAAGGCUAUUUAGUGAUCUUCAAGAAUUAAUGGAUCCUAGCCGUAAUAUGAGUAAAUAUCGACAAUUGGUAGCAUCUGAACAAACGCAACCUCCCAUAAUUCCAUUUUAUCCAGUAGUGAAGAAAGAUUUAACAUUUAUACAUCUUGGUAACGAUUCUAGAGUGGAAGGUUUGGUGAAUUUCGAAAAGCUGAGGAUGAUCGCAAAAGAAGUAAGAACAUUAACGAAUAUGUGUUCUUCGCCAUAUGAUUUAUCGAUAAUGUUAGAAAGAGGUGGCCAACCACCUAGUUCUGCCAUGGUUGCGUUAAAUCAAAUGACAACUGGCAAUCAAGUGUUACAAUGUCCAGGAGGACAGACAGCUACGGUGAAAAGACGAAAAAAAUCUACCGCUGCACCGAAUCCGAAAAAAAUGUUUGAAGAAGCACAGAUGGUUCGAAGAGUAAAAGCAUACCUUGCCAAUAUGAAAGUAAUAACUGACGAGGAGCGAUUACACGCUUUAUCUGUGGAAUGUGAACCUCACGCGGGAGCUGCCGCAGUAACUGCAGUACCUCUUAAUGCGAGCAGAGGGAGGAGACAUCCUUCUCCUACUCUAUCGACAACAAGCAGUGCCAGCAGCACUAGCGAAGGUAGAAAGAGUAUACAAGGUACAAAGUUCGGAGCAGCAUCGCCACAAGCAGUACGAAAAAUGUUGGCGCUUUCCGAUCCCCAUAAAACUCGUCCCUAUCAACCAAAACACUGUCCACCGCCGCUUCCAGUGCCGGGAUUGGCAUUACAUUCCAGCGGACUGGAGCCUAGUCCCGGUGCACCUAGGAGAGUAGGAUCUGGUAGCCGAGUUCCUAUGCAUGAGAGAUCCCAUAGCGAUACUCCUUCCAGUUUACCACCACCUGUCGAUCUCAGUGCUGAAAGUAGUAGCGUAACCAGCCUGAGCAAUCUUCAGCCAUUAAGAAAAACGUUGACCAGUGGUUCGGUGACGAGCAGUGACAGUGGUCACAGUACGCAACUGGACAGCCACAGCGGAAGCAGCGUAGAAGCUGGUGGUAGUCCACCGCCACCUCAAAGACGGCACUCCGCUAUGCAAGGUACUGCGGGAUUAGGAGUAGGCGUGGGCCUAGGAGUACCGGCGGCUCUUCCACCCCCAGGAGCUGGGACUACGAUUAUGACGACGAUGACUACCAUGACUACCAUGACGUCGAUGACGACGAUGCGUCCAGGAAUCGGUAGUGCGCAGUGCCGUCAACCGCCUGCUUACAA